UCGAUUUCGAUCUGUGUUAAGAUUUUCUUUUUCAAAUAAAGCUUAUACCAACAUUGUAUUUAAAUACUGUCGACAGACGCCACAAAUUGUCUUUUGAAACAUUAUUUGUUGCCACACAGUUUCUUCAGAUUCAAUUUAAAACAAGCUAUGAAUGCAACAGCUAUUUCUGGUUUAUAUUUGUUGUUGUUGUGCUUACUUGCUUCGACGGUAAAUGGUCAAACAUGGGCGGGUACCUAUACACUUGAUUCAACGUGUAGCCGAACAUCUUGCUGUUGUUUGAUCGGACAAUUAACCGUAACACAAUUAGGUACUAUUUAGUUUUAUCGCUUUGUUGAGACCUAUUUUCAACUAUUUCUCUAAUUUAGGUGGCUAUUUAGGAUUUAGUUCAGGUGUAUCCGGUGUUUGUGGUGGUAGUACAACGAUUACUGGAGUAGCCGCAGUACCAAGUGGCUACUCGGCCAACGUAACGAUACUUGGUACAUUAUUCUAUGUGACACUGAGUUCAGAUAGCAAAACAAUCAAUGCUGUCAAUUCAGCUAAUUCGGCAUGUAACGGUAAUGCUAUUCGAAGUGGAUCGGAGAAGCUGUAUGAUCAUACAAAUUCGAUCACAGCAUUGCUGCUUGCAAUCAUAGUGAUUAAAGUGUUUAAACAGUGA